GCGGACAGCUUUGUGUUCAUUCAUCAGUACCUGUAGGAACAAGGCAGAAGUAGGGAAAAGGUUAAAGUAAGGGUCUCUCCCAGCAUGGCGGAUGAGGACAGACAGUUUGAAAUCCCGGUCAAACUUCCGGAAAUUUUAAAGCAGUUCACGAAGGACGCCAUACGAACUCAACCUGCCGAUAUCAUACAGUGGGCCGCGUUGUACUUCAGCGCUCUGGUGGAAGGGCAGCCUGUGCCAGUGGCAGAACCUGCUGCUCAAGAGGCCGACCAAGACGGCGACCUCACGCCGGAAGUCUUAACCGCCAUGCAUUCAGAGUUUUGCGAGCGAGAAACCGUGAGCAAGGCGGAGGUGGCGAAAACGUGGCAGUCGUUCGGCCUGCCAGAUGACCUCCUCAAACGAAUCUUCCUGCUGUAUAAUUUCGGGGAGCAUCUUAACUGGAUUAAAUUCCUGGCUCUUGGCUGCAAACACCUCGGCGGGACGUUGAAGAACGCCAUGAUUCACGCCUGCUACAUCAUGGACCCGGCCUGCAAGCCCCCGGACGCUGGCAUACCUUUCGAAACCUUCCGCUUUUUGUACACGUACUUAGCAGCGCUGGAUGAGGAAGUGACGGUGGGGCAGGUGGAACGGGCGCUGACGUACCUGGAGACGAAGGCGAGCUCGCAAAGCGGUGUGAUCAAAGUGUCCGACUUCAUUAGCAACCGCGAAGUUCGCCUCGGAUGAAGUCGCCCCGGCGCGGCGCAGACGGAUGCUCGCUAACCCACCUCUCACCGUCAGCCAAGCCGUGCCGGCCUUUUGCUGAUUUUCAUUAAAAUCAAAUAAACCUAACGAGGGUUCGAAACAAGGCCGCUUUUUCUGUGAAGUCUUCGGAAGCACGCCGACCCUCGGGGACCCGUUACCUUUAGCCGCAAAGCGCCCGUUAGGGUUCGAGCCGCAUUCCAUCAGUAAUGGGAUGCCUUCCAUUAGAAUCCGCGAGCUCUUUCUCUCCAGCAUUUCGUGCCCUUACCGCGCCGCUCGGAGGGCUUACGUCGACAUAUUGUAGACAAAUUUGUUUUUAUUAAAAUAAGUUUCCACGCUACGUUUUUGGCAGGUGGAGGGCUUCUUAAUGAGGUCCCCUCAGGGUCAAAACGUUGCAAACAGAAGCGUAAUGGUUUUGGCAGCUUCUUCAUUCCAGGGUUUCCUGCUCUAGCUGUAUUUUUGUGUAGCAAUCUGUAUUCCCAUAGGUUGAGAACCCGUUUCUUACAGUAACUAGAGCCAAGUUUUGCAAGCAGCACCUGCAGAGCGGGAAGCGAGACGUACGGCAGGGUGGCCGUUCCAAGCUCCAGAUUUUCUUUGACCCCUGUUACUGUUCACGGAUUUUCAUUCUCUAUUUCUAUCUGUUAAAAUUGUAAGUACCCUAUAAUAUUUCCUUUUCUUCCAGGCACUGAUGUGUCAAAUGCGUGUGAAGCGUGAGACGACUAUAACAAGUAAUAAAAGUCCACU